CACCCGACUUCAGCGGUCCUCACAGGGACCAUGUCGUUGGCGCGAGUCUACCGCGAUGCUAUUUCCAAGCAGCCGGACGACUUUACAGCCUACAAUGACAUGCAGAUUGAGUGGGGUGACCCCGAGAAGUAUGCCGUUGUCCGCAAGAUUGGCCAGGGCAAGUACUCUGAGGUUUUCCUGGGCAAGGACGUGUCGACUGAUCCCGAAGGCGAUGUGGUGCUCAAGGUGCUGAAGCCGGUCAAGUUCCAGAGGAUCAAGAAGGAGAUCAAGAUCCUUCAGAAUCUGCGCGAUGGCCCGAACAUCCUCCAGCUCCUGGAUGUUGUCCGCGAUCCGGAGACCAAGCAGCCUUGCGUGGUGUUUGAGUGGGUCGAUGCUGUCGACUUUAAGACGUACUUUCCGUCCAUGCCGGACAUGGAGGUGCGGUUCUACCUCUACAAGCUGCUGGAAGCUCUCGACUAUGCUCACUCAAAGGGCAUCAUGCACCGCGAUGUCAAGCCGCACAACACGGUGUAUGACCCCAAGACGAGGACACUGAGACUCAUCGACUGGGGUCUGGCCGACUUUUACUACCCCGGCAUGGAGUUUUCGCUCCGCGUCGCCUCGCGCUACUUUAAGGCCGUCGAGCUUUUCCUCGGCAUGCGCGACUACGACUACUCGUCGGACCUGUGGUCGGUCGGCGUUGUGGCUGCCCAGAUGGUCUUCAUCAGCUAUCCGUUCUUCCGCGGGAAACGGACCGACGCCAACCAGCUCUCCAAGAUCGUCCGCAUCCUCGGCACCGACGACAUGGUCGCUUUCCAGCAAAAGUACCAUCUUUCUGACGAAGACUCGUGUGAGCCCAAGGGCUUCAAGCACUACCCCAAGAAGCCGUGGGAGUCGUUCAUCACCGAGGAGAACAAGCAUCUCUGCUCGCCAGAGGCUCUCUCGCUCGUCGAUGGCCUCCUCUGCUACGACCACCAGGAGCGCCUCACCGCUCGCGAGGCAAUGGAGCACCCGUACUUUGCCCCCAUUCGCGAGGCCGAGGAGGCUGGCCAGGAUCCUUUUUAGGCCACGAGCAAGCUACAUGCCUACACUCACCAUUCCACCCGCCACUGCUACAACCAAUGCCAUCAAACACCCCCCUCCCCUCCC